AUGCUGCCGCCAGGGCGCAAUGGCAGUGCAGACUGGGUGCAGUUCGGGCUGGAGCCACCACUGGCUCGGGGAGGCACCACGGGGGGCUUGGCGGAGAUGGCGCCACUGGGGCCCGCGCAGGUGGUCACGGCUGGUCUCCUGACCCUGCUCAUCCUCUGGACCCUGCUGGGCAACGUGCUGGUGUGCGUGGCCAUCGCGCGCAGUCCCCACCUGCGCGCAAAGAUGACCCAUGUCUUCAUCGUGUCCCUGGCUGUGUCCGACCUGUGCGUGGCGCUGCUGGUCAUGCCCUGGAAGGCCGUCGCUGAGGUGGCCGGGUACUGGCCCUUCGGGGCGUUCUGCAACGUCUGGGUGGCCUUUGACAUCAUGUGCUCUACGGCUUCCAUCCUCAACCUGUGCGUCAUCAGCGUGGACCGCUACUGGGCCAUCUCCAGGCCUUUCCGCUACCAGCGCAAGAUGACCCAGCGCGUGGCCUUGGUCAUGGUCGGCCUGGCCUGGACCUUGUCCCUCCUCAUCUCCUUCAUCCCAGUCCAGCUCAACUGGCACCGAGGCGAGGAGGGCUCCGGAGGUGGAGGGGCCCCCUCAUCCACCCUGCCUAACGGGACGUCCUGGGCGGAGGCCGGGGAGCCGGAGGCUGGCACUAACUGCGACUCCAGCCUGAGCCGCACUUAUGCCAUCUCCUCGUCGCUCAUCAGCUUCUACAUCCCGGUGGUCAUCAUGGUGGUGACCUACACGCGCAUCUACCGCAUAGCGCAGGGCCAGAUCCGCCGCAUCUCCUCUCUGGAGAGGGCCGCGGAGCGAGCGCAGAGCUGCCGGAGCCGCGGGGUCAGCGCCCCCGACGCCGGCCUGCGCGCCUCGCUCAAGAAGGAGACCAAGGUCCUCAAGACGCUGUCUGUGAUCGUGGGGGUCUUCGUGUGCUGCUGGCUGCCCUUCUUCAUCCUCAACUGCGCCGUCCCCUUCUGCCCUCGGGCCGGCUUACCCUGCGUCAGUGAGACCACAUUCGACAUCUUCGUCUGGUUCGGCUGGGCCAACUCCACGCUCAACCCUGUCAUCUAUGCCUUCAACGCCGACUUCCGGAAGGUGUUCGCCCAGCUGUUGGGGUGCACCCGUCUCUGCUCGCGCACCCCAGUGGAAACGGUCAAUAUCAGCAACGAGCUCAUCUCUUAUCACCAGGACACCGGCGGCCACAGGGAGCCAGCCACCACCUAUACCCACAGGAUGCCCAAUGCGGUCAGCCUCGGGGAGGGGGACCAAGAGGACGCAGAGGAGGGACCUUUUGACCGCAUGUCUCAGAUCUCUCAGACAUCUGGGGACCCAGUUGCCGCGUCGGUCUGGGAGCUGGACGGUGAGGGGGAGAUCUCCUUAGGCAAAAUCACACCGUUCACCCCCAAUGGCUUCCAUUAA